AUCGAUAAUCGUAUAAUGAACAAUUCAAGAUGGCUCCUCCCCGCCGCCACCGCUGCUUACAGCACCAUCGCCGGAGAAAUCUUCGGUGGCGGCUGCGGGAGCUCGGUUGUAGAGGGCAUGGUCUCGUUGAUGAGAAGUCUGACCUGUGGCUCGCUGGGGCCGGGCUGCACCACGGGGACGGGCUUCGGUGCUUGCGGGAUUUCCCCGAUCCGGGUCGCCUCGAUCAUGCCCUUCUUCCAGGGGGCUAAGUGGUUGCCCUGCAACGAGGCGGCGUUGCCGGGGCUCAUCAGCAGCACAUUUACGACCGAGUAUGCUGAUACAGAGGAGGAGAGUGAUGAUAGGAGGGAGAGCUUUGAGAAGAAGUCAGGCAGUAGUGGGUCGGGGCCGGGUUCCAGUUGGUGGUUUUCGAGGUGGUUUGGGGUGCGGUCAGAGGAUGCAAAGGCGGCGGUCACGGCUCUGACAGUGAGCCUGCUGUUCAAGUCGUCUCUUGCAGAGGCGAGAUCGAUCCCUUCUGCCUCCAUGUCCCCGACUCUUGAUGUGGGUGAUCGUAUUUUAGCUGAAAAGGUAUCAUAUAUGUUCAGAAAGCCUGAGGUUUCUGAUAUAGUGAUAUUCAAGGCGCCUCCGAUCUUGCAGCAAUUGGGCUAUGGCUCAGCUGAUGUGCUCAUAAAAAGAAUCGUGGCGAAGGCGGGCGAUCAUGUGGAAGUACGUGAUGGUAAACUAUUGGUGAAUGGUGUUGAAUGCAAUGAGGAAUUCGUUCUGGAACCGCUUGCUUAUGAGAUGGAACCAAUGCUUGUGCCUGAAGGUUAUGUUUUCGUGAUGGGAGACAAUCGCAACAACAGCUUUGACUCCUACAAUUGGUUAAGUUCGAAAUUUUCAAGUUUCUAUCUCUUCCUUUUGGUCUACUUCAAACUAUCAGGCACCAGAUCGAAAUGUUACAGAACAUUUUGGAUAUUGAUAGCCUUCUCUGAAUUUUAAAGUUCUUAGUUAUAUGCAUUCCAUAAUUUUCAGGGGCCCGCUUCCGGUCAAGAACAUCCUGGGUAGAUCGUGGUUCCGCUACUGGCCUCCUUCUGAGAUAUCCAAUGACUCA